AUGGAUCCUAGUGGAUCCUGGUGGAUCCUAUGGAUCCUGGCGGAUCCUGAUGGAUCCCAGGAUCCACCAGGAUCCGCUUUUCCCCCCUUGGCUUCACUUGCUGGCAAACAUCCUUCGUUAUUAACAUCUCUAACAAUUAAUAAUUGUACUCUACCCAUGGAACAUAUAGAAUCAUUACUUUCCCAAACACCAGCACUUAAUUAUCUUAAAUUAAUAUCCUGUGAACGUACAUUCGACACUAUUUUCGAUGGUUAUAACUGGGAACAGUUUAUUCUUAAUAAAUUAUCUCAACUCAAUCAAUUUGAAUAUUUCUUUUCAUUUACUAGCACAAUAAACAACUAUAUGAAAGUUCUGAAUCAUGUUCUUGCUUCAUUUCAAACUCCAUUUUGGCUACAAGAAAAACGCUGGUUUACCAUUUGUGGCUAUGUAUUUGGAUUCGAAAUAUUUGAACUUUAUACAACUAAAAUUAAUAUGACUGAUUCAGAUAAUUUAAUCAAAUUUGAGAAGCUAGCCGAAAACAAUACAUAUCGUUUCGUUGGACAACCGUCGAAAUAUGAUAGCAAAAAAGGAUUAAAUUCAUUAAACCUUGCAAAACAUCAGAUUGGUGAUCAAGAAGUACAAUGUCUGGCUGAAGCACUGAAAACUAAUAAUACACUUACUAUCCUUAAUCUUGAAGGAAAUCAAAUUGAAGAUAGAGGAGCCGAAUAUCUUGCAGAUCUGCUACAAAAUAAUAGGACACUUAUCGCUAUAAAUCUUCGCGGCAAUCAAAUUGGCAUGAUCGGUGGACAAUAUUUCUUCAAGUUACAACAAAAUAAUACAACAUUGAAGAAGCUUCAAAUGAGUAACAAUGCCGAUAAUUUCUGUACCAUUGUUGAAAUUGCUCAUAGAAUAAGGCACGAUAAGGCACUCAAUUCAUUAAACCUGGAAAAGCGUCAGAUCAAUGACCAAGCGGCACAUUGUUUGGCUGAAGCACUAACAACUAAUAAUACGCUGUUUUCAUUUAAUCUGAGAAAUAAUUAUCUCAGUGAUAUUGGCAUAGAAUUGAUAGCUGAUUCAUUAAGAAACAACACCACACUCUCAAACAUCUAUCUAAAUGGAAACCCCAGUCAUCUCUGUGACGCAGUCACAACGAUGCAACGAUUGAAAUGUGAUAUGUCGCUGACGAAUCUGACAGUUCAAGGAUGUCGAAUUGGUGAUAAAGGUGUACAAUAUUUGACUGAUGUUUUCCAAUAUAAUAAGACGAUCAGUACAAUAAAUCUUGAUAAUAAUGAAAUUAGUGAUAAUGGGAUAAAAUAUCUAGUUGAUGUUUUGAGAAACAACAUCACACUCACUACGUUAAGUCUUGGUUAUAAUAGAAUUACUGACGAUGGAGAAAAACAUCUCGUUGAUAUGAUUCAAAACAAUACGACACUUACUACGCUUGAUCUUGAAGGAAAUCAAAUUGAAGAUAGAGGAGCUGAAUAUCUUGCAGAUCUUCUACGAAACAAUAAGACACUUAUUACUUUGAACCUUCAGAACAAUCGUAUUGGUGACAUCGGUGCACAACAUCUUCGUGAAGUUUUGCGAAUAAACAAAACACUUUUAAAGUUUACUCUAAAGGGCAAUCAAAGUACUUUAUGUACAAAGGUUCAAAUGGAACAUGAGGUAGCGCUUGAAAUGAUAAGUACCACAGUAGAUUGGACAGGUCAUCAGAUACGAGAAGAAAAAUUAGAGUGCUUGAGUACUGCGCUACAAACAAACUAUAUAACAAUAGUUUUGAUCCUUGAUGAGAAUCAAAUUGGAGACAAUGGCAUGAGAUAUCUCGUCGAUGGCUUAUUGAGGAAUAAGACGUUGCAAGAAUUGAGUCUUCGAAAGAAUCGAAUUGGUGAUGAAGGAGUGAAAUGUAUCGCCGAUGUUUUGAAAGAAAACAUGACACUUACUACAUUGAAUCUUAGCAAGAACUCAAUUGGAAAUGAUGGAGUGAAAUAUCUCGCUGAAGUUUUGAAAGAGAAUAUGACACUUACCACAUUAAUUCUUUCCAAUAAUCUAGUUGGUGAUAAUGGAGCGAAAUAUGUAGCUGAUAUAAUAAAAAAUAAUACAAAACUCACUACAUUGAAGUUGGAGAACAAUCGAAUUGGUGAUGAUGGAGCACAAAAACUCGUUACUGCUUUAAACAUCGACACCACGUUGUGCAAUAUUCUUCUCAAUGGCAAUGCCACACAUUUCUGUGUCGUAGUUGAAGUUUUGCAUCAGCUACGACAUGGAAAACAUUCUAUGAAAGAUGAAGAAGUUCCAUUUUUAGCUCAAUCAUUGAUGGAUAACAAGACAGUUGUCGAAUUGAAUCUUUCUUCAAAUCAGAUUCGAGAAAAUGGUGCUCAACAUCUGGGCAAUGCUUUACGAAAUAAUACAGUAUAUUGA